GUUAUGAUAAUGUUUUUUAGUUUUAAAAUUAAAAUUUCAAAGAAGAAAGUAUUUAAUGUGUACGAAAAUAAUUCUGUUAAAACGUGUAUGUUAUAAUUUGAAUUGUUUUUUUUUUUUGUUAGUUCAUAGCUUGUCAAUAAUAUUUUUUACAAUUUUCUCUUCCGUGUAAUUACUGUGUAACUACAAUGAGUGCUAAUGACAAUGUAGUUCAGCAAAAAGGAUCGCGAUUAAAGUUAAACAAAUCCUUAAGCAACACCGCACAGUGGGUCAAGCUAAACGUAGGAGGUACUUGUUUUCUGACCACGAAGUCAACUCUAUGUAAGGACCCUAACUCCUUUUUAUGCAGACUUUGUUCAGAAGAAUCUGAACUCAUAUCCGACAUGGAUGAAACGGGAGCGUACAUGAUCGAUCGUGAUCCUACUUAUUUUAGCCCGAUUUUAAAUUAUCUUAGACAUGGAAAAUUGGUAUUAAAUAAAAACCUUGCUGAAGAAGGUGUAUUGGAAGAAGCCGAAUUCUACAACAUAACCGAAUUAAUAAACAUAAUUAAAGAACGGAUAGAACAGAGAGACAAAAAGCUCUGUUCAGAACAAUCAAAAAAGCAUACUUAUCGAGUGCUGCAAUGUCAUGAAGAUGAACUCACGUGGAUGGUUUCUACAAUGUCUGAUGAAUGGAAAUUCGAACAAUUGGUGAAUAUUGGAUCCAAAUACAAUUAUGGCAAUUAUGAUCAAGCCGAGUUUUUGUGUGUUGUGUCAAGAGAAGAAGGCCUUGCUGAUUCGCCAAAGACUGAGUCCACCGACAAAGCCAAAGAAUUGCAACAAAGAGCAUCCCGUAUGUGAUAUAUACAGUCGACUAAAUCGGUUGUCAUGCAUGUAUGCAAAUUUUUCAAGACGAUAUAUUAUGUAACCAAAGAUCUAUGUAGUAAGUCAGUUGGAAGAUUUAUGAAUACUCGUCAAAACACUAGAUCAUAAUCAAAUAAUUCUGCUUUUGUUAAUUUAUUAGUAGAGUUCCAGUAUGUAAAUUAAUCAUCAUUAAUUUAUUAUAUGUUAUUUUUACAUUUACAUACUGAGUUGUUAAUGAAAAUAUGUAAAUCUCCUGCUGUAAAAUAAUUUAAAAUUCUACAAAAAAAUAUCACUAUGAGUUCUAUUUUAAAUGUUUUAAAUAUAUCUAUAAAUAUUGGAGAUUAAUUAAUAUAAACAUUUUGUAAUCUCAUUACUCAAAA